CCUCGUCAUUACCACCAUCCUGGAGGAGCCAUAUGUCAUGCUUAAGAAGUCUGACAAGGCGCUGGUUGGGAACGAUCGCUUCGAAGGCUUCUGCAUCGACUUGCUCAAAGAGCUGGCCAACAUCCUGGGCUUCUCAUAUGAGAUCCGUCUAGUGCCUGAUGGGAAAUAUGGCUCUCCGGAUGAGAAGGGCCAGUGGAACGGCAUGAUCAGGGAACUUAUCGAACAUAGGGCAGACCUGGCCGUGGCACCUCUCACCAUCACCUACAUGCGUGAAAAAGUCAUCGACUUCACCAAACCCUUCAUGAGCAUGGGCAUCAGCAUCCUGUACCGCAAACCCAACGCCACCAACAACGGCUUCUUCUCCUUCCUGAACCCUAUGACUCCUGACAUUUGGGUCUACAUCCUCCUGGCCUACCUGGGUGUUAGCUGUGUCCUCUUUGUCAUUGCUCGAUUCAGCCCCUAUGAAUGGUACGACGCCCACCCCUGUAACCCUGGAUCUGAUGUAGUGGAGAACAACUUCACUCUACUCAACAGCUUCUGGUUUGGAGUCGGUUCCUUAAUGCAACAAGGCUCAGAGCUGAUGCCCAAAGCUCUGUCGACCAGGAUCAUUGGUGGGAUCUGGUGGUUCUUCACCCUCAUCAUCAUCUCGUCCUACACAGCUAAUUUAGCCGCUUUCCUCACUGUGGAGAGAAUGGACUCACCCGUGGACUCGGCUGACGACAUUGCCAAACAGACCAAGAUUGAAUACGGUGUCGUCAAGGAUGGUGCAACUAUGUCUUUCUUCAAGAAAUCCAAGGUUUCCACUUUUGAGAAGAUGUGGGCCUUUAUGAGUAGCAAGCCAAGCACAUCACUGGUGAAGUCUAUUGAAGAUGGAAUUCAGAGGGUGCUAAAGUCAGACUAUGCCCUCAUUAUGGAGUCCACCACUAUCGAUUACAUCACCAGACGGAACUGUAACCUGACACAGGUGGGAGGACUCAUCGACAGCAAAGGCUACGGAAUCGGAACUCCCCUGGGCUCCCCAUACAGAGACAAAAUCACCAUAGCGAUCCUCAGCAUCAUAGAGGACGGGCGCCUACACAUGCUGAAGGAGAAGUGGUGGAGUGGGAGCAGCUGCUCGGAUGAAGAGCGUCGUGAGACAGGCCCCAUGGGUAUCCAGAACCUGGGUGGCAUAUUCAUUGUGCUGGCGUCUGGCCUAGUGCUGUCUGUUUUUGUGGCGAUUGCUGAAUUCAUCUACAAGCUGAGGAAGACUGCAGAGCGCGAGCAGAGGUCUUUGUGCAGUGCCAUGGUGGACGAGAUCAGACUGUCGUUCACCUGCGAGAGGCGGGUGAAACACAAGCCUCAGCCUCCGGUCAUGGUGAAGACGGAUGCGGUGAUCAACAUGCACGCCUACAACGACCGACGACUCCCGGGAAAGGACAACAUGAGCUGCAGCACUGGGAUGACCCCCGUGUUCCCGUGACAAUGUGUUCCCCCCAGGGCAAGAGCCUCCUGAGUAACGUAUCGGGAGCGGUGCCAGAGACUAGAGACAAUGGCAUAGACGGGAUCACCAGAUUCACCAUUAACCACAGUGACAUAGGGACACUAACAAA